GCCGACCUCGCUUCCAAUUCUAGCCAGAAGUGCAGUCCCUCAGAACCCCGUACGAACCGCGCGCCCACCAGCCUGCUUGAUUAGACGGAAACAGCGACCGAGCGCAACGAUCGAUCCCACCAAUGUCGAGCGCUAAAGCCUCCGGCAACGACGCCGGCAAUGGCAGCGCACGCUCGCGGGAGCACAACCAGGGGAACCAGGGGCGCGGGUGCACGCCUGAGCAGAAGGCCGCCGUGCUGCGGAUCCGGCGGUGCAAGGUGACGGCCUUUUACGAGAUCCUGGACCUCGAGGCGGUGCGCAAGACGUGUUCGGACGGCGACAUCAAGAAGGCCUACCGCAAGCAGAGCUUGCUGACGCACCCGGACAAGAACGGCCACGAGAAUGCCGACGAGGCCUUCAAGAUGGUCUCCAAGGCCUUCUCCGUCCUCGGCGACAAGGAGAAACGCGAACGCUACGACCGCUUCGGCACCGACCCCGAGUCCAGGUUUGAGAGCGCCCGCGCGCAGGCCCAGAACCCGUUCGCGGGGUUUGGUGGACGCCCGGCUGGCCAAAGAGGUGGUGGCAUGUUCGACGAAGAGAUCAGUCCUGAGGAGAUGUUUGCGAGGUUCUUUGGGGGAGGCUUCGGCGGACCUUUCGGGGGCGGCUUUGACACAGGACCACAAUUCGUCUUUAAUGUAGGCGGUGCUAGGGGUUUCCGCGUACAUCAGUUUGGCGGCGCAGGUCCAAGGACAAGGCCGCGCGCCGACGGGCAGCCAGGACAACCACAACAGCCGGCGUCGGGCUGGGACACCUUCGUCAGCUUAUUACCCAUCCUAUUCCUGUUCGUCUUCCCCCUCCUGACCUCCCUAUUCUCCGGCUUCGGCGACUCCCAACCAGCCGUGCCGAACAUGGUCUUCGACAGCCCGCUUCCUCCACAGACAUACCACAGGCAGACGCCGAAACUGCGCGUCGACUACUUCGUGGACCCGAACGACAUCGCCGGGUGGGAGACGGGGAGGCUGCGGCAGUUAGACAAGGAGGCGGAGCUGGGGUUCGUGCGCGUCCUGCGGCGCCGCUGCGAGACGGAAAUACGCACGAAGCAGGACCUCGUCGAUAAAGCGCAGGGCUGGUUCUUCCCGGACCCGGAUAAGAUGAAGAUCGCGAGGGAUUUCGAAAUGCCCUCCUGUAAGCGUCUAGAUUCCAUCGGCAUGUCACGGUAGUUUCUCACAUUGCGUUUUAUUUUAUUUUUUCUCCCACAAUGGAAACCCUUGUUCUCCCGUAUUAUCUAUUUAUGUCCAUCUCCCACAUCCCAUAGAAAAGACCACCACCUACCUGUGAUGUGAACGCCGGAAAAUUUU